AUGGCAUCGUACGAUUUUCCACCCGUAGGAUCAUCUGCUGAUAAGUCAGUCUGUUUGCAUGAAACGAACGGUCGACUAGUUUAUGGCAAGAAAGAAGAACUAGAAGGAAUUGAAGAGCAUGCUCUGCUAUGUAAUUAUCCAAAAAUUGAGGAACGAUCAACACCUCCAUUGGAACAGUCACUUUCUCCUGGCUUACUUCGGGAAACUUUUGUAAAUAGUAAUCAAACUCUUUUCCAGAAAGCUGUAAAUAACUGGACAAACAAAACCAUCGGAAGUGUGGUAGAGUGUGUUAAAGGUGCCGUAAAUGGUACUACAUCCUUGGGUGAUUGGUUUUCAUCUGCUGGUGAAAUCAUUAAACAAGCUCGGGGAGAUGUAAUUAAUGCUUUCACGAGAACGGAAGAAGAUAUGAAUGCAGUCAUCUCACGUUUUUCAUCAACUUUGAAUUGGUCUACAAAUUGGGUGCGCUGUGUAGCGGUUCACAGUACCGGUCUCAGAAUUGCCGUUUGCCGAGCAAAUGAUAGCAUCAAAAUUUUUUUUUGCAAUUCUGAUCGACCACCCAUUACAUUAAAACAUGAAUGCCAAAAAAGCGUUACUGAUAUGGCAUGGAAACCUUUUGACCGUAUGGUACUAGCUGUUGCUUGUGCUAAUACUGUGCUAAUUUGGAGGCUUGAGAAACAAAACGUGAAUACUCGGCCAUCUCCUUACUGUGCUGAAGUAAUCGAAAUGUCAUCAUUUUCUCCAGUCGCACAAUGCUUUUGGGACUGUGUCUUUGUUCAAGCUUUGUUCGUUGUUUCUGCAUCUUCUUCGCGUAUAAAAGUUCUAGAUACAAGCAGCGGUGAAAGCGAAACAUUCGGCCAUUGGACUGGUAAUUACAUUCGACAUAUCUGGAUUUCUCCAAAUGGUUUCAAAUUAGCCGUUGCUUACGACAGUAAUUUCAUAAGUGUUUAUGAUCGACUUUCAUGGCAUGAAGAACAGUGGACUAAAUUGAAAGGUGUCUGCAUGGCAGCAGUUUGGAGUCCUCAUAGCGAUGUUUUAUUUUUUACGGCUCAACAUGAGCCCAUUAUUCGUGGUAUUCAUUUUAUACAAAAACUACAAAAUGGAGGUGACUCGCUGUCAUUUGGAUCGGAGAAUGCCGUUGUUGUAUAUGAUCUCUCUGAAUUUAUAAUAAAACAUUUAAAUGCAAAUUCAAAUUCUGACCAUAGCAGCAUUGAUGUAUCUAUUCGUGAUAUGAAAAUUUCACCUGAUGGACAACGAAUUGCAGUAACCUUCAGUGGAAAUCCAGCAAUUAUUGCUCUGUUUGUUGUUGAAACAAUGCCAACAUUUUAUUUUGCCCCUUGCGGAUUGAUUGAUGGAACAGGAAACUUUGGGCUGGCGUGCAUUUUGUCGUUUUUCCCGAAAUUUGAUUACGGGUCCUUGUUGAUGAUUGUAUGGUCAGGCGGAAAAAUACAGUAUAUACCUUUCUUGUAUGGUUCUCUUGCGAAUGAAGGUAUUCGCUUAAAUGGAAUCAAAAAAAACAAGAAGAUGCGGAGUGUUACAGCAGAAGACUUCCUUGUUAGAGAGUCUUUGUUAACUGGAAAGAUAAAUUCAAAUGCUAGUAGCGAAAUAACCGAAAAGAAAAAGAAUUCAGUGGGUUCUUGUGAUGAUCAGAGUUGCAGCGAAAAAUCUGCAACAUCUUCUGAAUCAGGAAUAAAGCUAUUCUCGUCAGUUGGGCUCUUCGAUUUGCUUUCGACGAAAAGUGCUGAACAAAAUUCCUGA